ACGAGACCGCGACCACUCCCCCCCCACCUUCUUUCCUCCCUCGUUCCUCACCUUCACCCUUCUUCUUCACCUUCACGCCUCUCACCACCACGGCCCUUUACAACCCGAACAAAGCGAAGCAAACGCAGACGAAAUGACAGGCCGCAAAAUCACCCCUGCGGACCCGCCCGCAACCUCGAACGACCCCCCUCCCCCACCCUUCAGUGAAAUCCAGCCACAGUCUCCUCCCCACACCGUAAAUCCCGAAAAGCCCCCCAUCGCACCCGAACCCCAACCGCAACCCCAGCCACAAGCACAGGUUCCAGCAAGCAAUGGCGCUCCGGGAGUCUACGUGCACACAGUCUCCCUCCAAUCACUAGCCCGCUCCCCCGCACCGGUUCAUUGCCUCAUCUGCGGCGCGCGCGGAUUAACCGUCAUCAGCUACGAGACGGGAAACACAACCCAGUAUGCCCCGCUUCCCCCCUCCCCCUGCUUGCUAAACUAGUUGCUAAUGAUGGGGUAGCAUGGCGGCACUCCUUCUCUGCUUCUGCAUAGGCUUGGGAUGCAUCCCGUAUAUGUCCACUUUAUUUAAAGACGUCGCGCAUAGUUGUGGUAAUUGCGGGACUGUGCUCGCUAUCUGGCAUCGGAGUGGGACGCCGGGAGGUGCGGAAGUGCUUGCCCAUGCAAUGGUGUCUGGACCACCGGCACCCGUAACGGGAGGGGUUAAGCAUUGAUGGGGGACGGUGUUUUUCACUCCAUUUUUUCCUUGUUGUGCAAGUUUUCUUCUCCUUCUCCCCUUCUUUUCGCUCUUGCAAAUUGUUAUCAUACCUUUUUUUUUAAAAAAAUUUGCUUUUGGGCCGAUUUUUUCUAGGGGUGGGAGUGCGGUGCUAGUAAAGUUAAUUUGGGAACGACCUCAUGGGUAGGGUCCGUAGGGAUGGAUGGAUUGAGUCGUGUGGGUGAAAUAUGGUACCCUUUGUUGGGAUUUGGCGUUUUUAACUGGGCUUUAGGAGCGAACGAAUGUUAGUUUUUUGUCAUCGCACAACGUUCCUCCUUUCGUGUCGUGUGACGC